AUGGUGAUUGUGUUAGUGUAUGUAGAUGAAUUACUUAUCACACGGACUGAUAUUCAAUUGAUUCAAGAAACAAAGUUGAUGCUUCAAUCCAGAUUCAGAAUAAAGGAUUUAAGGGAACUUAGAAUUUUUCUUGGAAUUGAAUUUGCCAGAAACAAAGAGGGUAUUGUGAUGCAUCAGAGAAAACACUCAUUAGAACUCAUUUCAGACUUAGGCUUGUCUGGUUCACAACCCUGUGGAUAUCCUGUUGAACUGAAUCACAAACUUACCUCAGUAGAAUUUGAUGAGCAUAUUGGAUCAAAUACUGAUGUGCCUCUUAACGUUCCAGGUGUAUACCAGAGGUUAGUUGGAAGACUGUUAUAUUUGACAGUUACACGACCAGAUAUUUCAUUUGCAGUGCAAAAUUUGAGUCAGUUUAUGCAUCAACCAAAGCAAUCCCAUAUGCAAGCAGCUAUAAGAGUGGUAAGAUAUAUUAAACAGUCCCCUGGUUUUGGGAUUUUUCUUUCAACCACAACAUCUCCAAAGUUGCAAGCGUUUUGUGAUGCUGAUUGGGCACCAUGCCCUACUACCAGGAGAUCAGUUACUGGUUAUUUGGUGAAGUUUGAUGACUCUCUAAUCUCUUGGAAAGCAAAGAAACAGCCUACCAUAUCCAGGAGCUCUGCAGAAGCAGAGUAUAGAAGCAUAGCUUCCACAGUGGCUGAGAUUGUUUGGGUUGUUGGUUUGUUUACAGAACUGGGGAUCACUCUAACACUUCCUGUCUUUGUCCAUUGUGAUAGCAAGUCAGCCAUACAGAUUGCAGCUAACCCUGUAUUUCAUGAACGUACAAAACAUAUUGACAUCGAUUGUCAUUUCAUUCAUGAGAAGAUCUUACAAGGUCUCAUUGAGACUGUCUAUUUGUCUACCACUGAGCAGUAG